AUGAAUCCCCCAGACCCUUUGGCUCCAAGUGUGGUAUCAGCCACAGCCAUACCAAACACUGAAGUGGUCGUUCCGGCUGUACUGGAGCACGGUCUGACGCAGGACCAGAGGGUGACAUCAGCUGAGAUGUGUCAAGGGACGACUGUGGCGCUGUCCAGUGUUGCCAAGUACUGGGUGUUGACCAACCUGUUCCCUGGCCCUAUACCUCAGGUGUCAGUGUACGGACUGCAGUCACCGAGGCUGGAUGGCAAGGACGGAACUCCUUGUCUGACUCCUGUCAAUGUUGGUGUGGAGACGAUGACAUUGAUACAGCAGCACCAGGCACAAACUAUCCCAGUAUCCGUGGGUGCCAUGUCCACUCUGACACUGCCGUCACCUCAGCUGACCACAGUAGCUCUGCCUGCGUCUGCCUCCGCACAGCUGGAGGACAAGUCAAGCUGUGUGACUGAGCAGUGCGGCAACAACCAGGUCCACUGUCAGGUGCAGUGCGACCUUACUCUGGUACAACAGCCAACACUGGUACCAACCUCUCAGAGUAUAACUUUGACACCAGAACAACACCAGCAGUUGCAGCAACAGGUGCUGCAACACCAGGCGUUGGCGCAGACGACGGAUGGGCAACAGAUAGAACUGGUGGUGCAGGAAGUCAAGGUGGAGGAUGACAAGAAGGAGGUCGGAGUCAUCACCAGCUAUCAAGGAGACAAACAACAGCCAAACAUACAACAAAUCCUGGUAGAGAAACCUCUAGGCGAUAAUAUUGUCUAUAAGCCAGUGAACGUGGACGACAUCAACCAGUUGCUGGCAUACCACGAGGUGUUUGGCAAACUGCAGGGAACAGAAGCCCCUGCUGUGGCCCCCCCGCCCACUGUAAAGACCCCGGAGAGUGACCCUGACCCCCCCGCCAGUCCUCCGGGCACCCACGUGUGUGACUUGUGCAACAAAGUGUUCCCCUACAGGUACCAGGUGAUCGUCCACCGCAGAUACCACACGGAGAGGAAACCCUUUCAAUGUCAGGUUUGCGGACGAUCGUUUGAGAAUGCAGAUGAGCUGAGUCAACAUGGGAAGAGCUGCCAUCAAGACAACAAUUCUAUGUUGACUUGUCAGGUUUGUUUCCACGUGUUUGCGAGCGCCGGCAGUUUGGAGCGACACGUAAGACGACACUGUCUCGAUAAACCAUACCAGUGCAACAUCUGCAAUAAAGGCUUCGGUCGAAAGGAACACUUAGACAAUCAUCAGCGUUGCCAUUCAGGCGAGACUCCGUACAAAUGUCAGUAUUGUGAAAAAAGCUUUAGUCGGAAGGAGCACAUGGUCAACCAUGUCAGGAAACAUACUGGUGAUACGCCCAACCGGUGUGAUAUUUGUAAGAAAGCGUUCACCCGGCGGGAACACUACUUGAAUCACGUGCUGUGGCACACAGGAGAGACCCCCCACACUUGCGGCCUCUGCGGCAAGAAGUACACCCGCAAGGAACACCUGGCCAACCACGAGCGCAGCCAUACCAACGACACACCCUUUCGUUGUGAGGUGUGCAGCAAGGCGUUCACCCGCAAGGAGCACUUCACCAACCACAUCAUGUGGCACACGGGAGAGACACCUCACAGAUGUGACUUCUGCUCCAAGACGUUCACUCGCAAGGAACAUCUGUUGAACCAUGUGAGACAACACACUGGAGAGUCUCCUCAUAGAUGCAGUUACUGCACAAAGAGCUUCACACGCAAGGAACACCUGGUCAACCACGUAAGACAACACACGGGUGAGACGCCUUUUCAGUGUCAGUUCUGUCCAAAGGCGUUUACGAGGAAGGACCAUCUGGUGAACCACAUAAGACAGCACACAGGUGAGUCCCCACACAAGUGUACGUACUGCACCAAGAGCUUCACACGCAAGGAACAUCUCACCAACCACAUACGACAACACACGGGAGAGUCUCCUCACAAGUGUUCGUAUUGUUCCAAGUUCUUCACGAGAAAGGAACAUCUCACCAACCACAUCAGGAUCCACACGGGAGAGUCGCCGCACCGAUGUGAGGUGUGCAGCAAGACGUUCACACGCAAGGAACACCUAGUGAGUCACAUGCGUGUGCACACCGGGGAGACAGAACACACAUGUAAUGUGUGCAGCAAGCCGUUUGUGAAGAAGGAACACCUGAUCAACCACAUGCGCAGUCACACGGGCGAGCGACCAUACGCGUGCGGGGAAUGUGGAAAGAGCUUCCCUCUCAAGGGUAAUCUGCUGUUUCACCAAAGAUCGCACAACAAGGGUGCUGCGGCAGAGCGUCCGUUCCGCUGCGACCAGUGUCCCAAGGACUUCACCUGUAAAGGUCACCUGGUCAGUCACAAGCGCAGCCACUCUGCGACCCCAUUCAUAUGUGAACAGUGUGACAAGAGCUUCGUCAGCAAGGAGGCGUUGGUCGCACACAUCAGAGAGCACGACGGCGCAGAGGCGUCCACUACGACGGAACUGCCCACCCAGGCACUGACCACCUACUAGCCAGUGUAGACAUGGCAUUUGUCUAAAAUUGUCCGUUUCUAAUCACCUCAGGUCCUAUUGUGAAUUUGGUCACUGCAAGUAGAUUUUCCUUAAAUUGUUAAUUCUGAAGCCUGUUUUGAUAGGUAUUUUAUGUCCAGUUACGUUAGAGGAUGUUUUUUAGAUUGUUUAGUUUUACAAUGUGUCUUACUCUUUGGUAUAAUAGGAUUAUUAUGUACAAGGAUAGGGAUCAGCUAGCUUACCUGGUAGACAGUCCAGAUUAGCCUUGAUUACACAUAAAACACAUGACACAAAGAAGACAAACAGUAGUUUACGAAUCGGUUUUAUCAUUAAGUUAAAGUAAUUAUCAAGUUAAACAGUAGCAAGUUGACAGUAACAAGGUAAUUUAAACCACUAUAUAGUUAAACAGUAGGCUUGCCUUAGCCCUUAAUGAAGGAAAUAGUUUAAUGUACAAAUCAUGACAGAAGGAUAUAUUUGUUGUAGUAGGUUAAAUUGUUGUAUACAGCCUACUACAAGAACUAAAACUACAUCUGAAGGAGCUGAGAUUCCGAAUUUCUACCAUCAGCUAAGUGUUUAUCUUUCAAGUGUUGUUACCUUCAACUAUUUUUUACAGUUAGCUAAGCCUGCUGUUUAACCUAUUUAGCACAAAAUAUUUUAAGACCGUGCCUAAAGCUGUCUUAACCAAAUAAUUUCACACUUUUAAAGUUGAUUAAGUAAAAAAGUAUAAAUCUUGAGAAAACAUCUUUUACGCUGGACAUUGAAUCGGCUUCAUCUAAUCCAUAGGAAUUAUA